AACGUUCCACAACGCGUGCGUAACGUAUGUAUGCGACCCCAGAACGGACUGCUCCCUGCUGAUCUCAUCGGUUAAUGGACUAAUGAAAGGAUGAGUGUUUGAGAAAACACCUUAUUGUUACCGAAUACCGUGAAGCCAGUGUAAUGCGAUAGUGAAAAGAUAUUGUCUCUCUCGCAACGCGCAUGGCGCGUUAGGGGAAACUGCAGGCUACAGCUGUCUGUCCGGUCAGCUGUUUUUAUUUACCGAGAGACAGCAGCAUCAAUAGGAGGGCACGAGACCACAGACUAGUCUAUACCGGCGCCCCGGACCCCCACAGACCAGACCACCAGGACUAAGAGAGAGGAGGGCAGAGAGAGAGAGAGGAUGGAGUUUAAGCAGCUGGUGGAGGUGGCGGAGAAAUGGUGUUCGUCUGUUCCGUUCGAUCUGAUCUUUGCGGAGGAUGAUGAGAGGAGACUGGACUUCUACGCAGAACCGGGACUCUCCUUCUAUGUCCUUUGUCCCGAUAACAUGACGGGAGGGACCGAGAAUUUCCAUGUAUGGAGUGAGAGUGAGGACUGCCUGCCGUUCCUACAGCUAGCCCAGGACUACAUCUCCUCCUGCGGGAAGAAAACACUGCUAGAGGUCUUGGACAAAGUCUUCACUUCCUUUAGACCUUUGCUGGGUCUACCAGACAUAGAUGAUGAGACGUUUGAGCAGUACCAUGCAGGCGUGGAGGAGGAACCAGAGCCGGACCACCAGCAGAUGGGAGUCAGCCAGCAGUGAUGCCUACAGAAGAGGUGUCCGACCGGGCCACAAUAAUUACCCACACCUCUGGUUUCAUCCCCUGCAUCAAUACACAGGCCCAACGACCCUGUAGCGACUAUACAAAGUCAUAAUGUAUACUCAGAUUCAUAAUGUACACAUACACACACAUACAGGACAGCCGGACAGCCAGCCUGCUGAAAUGUACCAUUGCGUUCUUUAACUUAUCAAAAGCUUUGCUCUCCAGAUAUUGCACUCCUUCUCAUGUCACACGCACACACACACACAUGCACACACACACACACACACACACACACAGCUGUGUCAUACAACAUUAUUAUUAAUGUCAUUCAUACAGCAGGCUACAACAUUACUAUAGUUUAUAUUACUAACCUCCACCAUGCUGGUUCUAGCAUGAUAAGCAUGACACUCUCCAACCUUGCUCAGCAUAUCCACCUAAAGACAAACAAUCAACUAGUCUAGCAGCAACAACAUACUCCCUCCCUAGCCUGGCCACCCAGACAUAGCAGAGCACUGUCACUGUCAACCAUGUAACACCUGACUGGAACCAUCCACUGUACCACACAAUGCUAGCCAAACCAGCACAUUGUUGUGACCUUGUAAAAAUGUUAGCGGUGAAAAUAGAGGGAGGAAUAGAGCAGAAAUGUAAUCCUAUGUUAGAAACUGUCCCUUAUGUACUGCUGUGAAGUUGGCCAAGAGCUGCUGUAUCUAUGUGUUUAUUUCAUUGUGUGUGUGUGUGUGUGUGUGUGUGUGUGUGUGUGUGUGUGUGUGUGUGUGUGUGUGUGUGUGUGUGUGUGUGUUUUGUGUGUGUGUGUGUGUUUUUUGUGUGUGUGUGUGCGUCACCACCAUCAGUGCACUGCUACGCUUUUUUUUGUGUUUUGUGUGUGUGUGUGUGUUUUUUGUGUGUGUGUGUGCGUCACCACCAUCAGUGCACUGCUACGCUUUUACUAUCCCCACGGACCUGAAGGAGUAGGAUGAAGUUGUGUUUAGACACUGAUCCGAGGUCAUUUUCCCCCGUUAUUGGGAUUGGGGAAAGGAAACUGUUCCUAGAUCUGUGUCUACAGGCAACAUCUACCUGCAGCAGCCUUCUUCCACCUUACUAAACUAGGCCUACACUUGUUACUCUCUCUGAACAUGGCAACUACGAUAGAUGUAAGUCUCUCUCCGAAUGCUUUUAAGUCUUUACUUAUGAACAUCAUUUUUAGUUACAUUAUUUAACUGAAUGUUUGUCAUGCUAAUGUGUGUUUUUAUGUUCUGUCCUCCAGUGUGUGUGAAGGUAUUCAAUAAAACAAAUGUGUGGAGGGA